UCCGGGCUGCCGGCUGGCUGGGAGGCGGUGAUGGCGACUCUGUGGGGAGGUCUCCUUCGACUUGGUUCCAUGCUCAGCCUGUCCUGCCUGGCGCUCUCUGUACUGCUACUGGUACAGCUGACAGACGCCGCCAAGAAUUUCGAGGAUGUUCGAUGUAAAUGUAUCUGUCCUCCCUAUAAAGAGAAUUCUGGACAUAUUUAUAAUAAGAACAUAUCCCAGAAAGAUUGUGAUUGCCUUCAUGUUGUAGAGCCCAUGCCUGUGCGGGGGCCUGAUGUAGAAGCAUACUGUCUACGCUGUGAAUGCAAAUAUGAGGAAAGAAGCUCUGUUACGAUCAAGGUUACCAUUAUAAUUUAUCUCUCUAUUUUGGGGCUUCUACUUCUAUACAUGGUGUAUCUUACCCUGAUUGAGCCUAUACUGAAGAGACGCCUCUUUGGACACUCACAGUUGAUACAAAGCGAUGAUGAUGUUGGGGAUCACCAGCCUUUUGCAAAUGCCCAUGAUGUGCUGGCCCGCUCCCGCAGUCGAGCCAAUGUUCUAAACAAGGUGGAAUAUGCCCAGCAGCGUUGGAAGCUUCAAGUACAAGAGCAGCGAAAAUCUGUCUUUGACCGACAUGUUGUCCUCAGCUAAUUGGAAAUCGAAUGCAAGGUAACUAGAAAGACACAAGGAAGACAACUGAAAAGAAUUGACUGAGUUUUCCUGGGUUUUGUUUUAAUACCCUGUUGUUUUCACUGAUUCUUGCUGGAAGACUCAAAAUUGGAAGCAAAAACAUGCUUAGUAUUUUUUUUCUGGUUAACAUAUUAAUGGAGACAUUUUUAAAAGCACACAGUUUGGAGUCAGUCAAUAAGCCUUUUCCUACUUUGACUUUUACUAAUAAAAUUAUAUCUGCCUAUAAAUUAUCUUGAAGUCCUUUACCUAAAAUAAGCACUCUCUUUUUCACCAUAUAGUUUUAACUUGAUUUUCAAGAUAAUUUUCUGGUGUUCUUUGUUUUUAUUAUUGUUUUUGUUUUUUUGGCGGGAGAGAGGAGGGAUAUGUGGGAAGUGCUUGACCCAACUUUUCUCAAGUUACUUUACAAACAAACUUUUGUAAAUAGACCUUACCUUCUAUUUUCAAAUUUCAUGAAUAUUUUCCAGUGUAGUUGGCCUCAUCAAAGUGCUGACUUACCGGUUUGACUUUUGCACUGACUGUAUUAAUCUUGGUAUUUGGUUGGCCUGUGGCUUCAUUUUAUGGUAAAUUGGAUCUGAAAUGCCUGGCAGCUCUUCACAAAAAUGCAGAUUUUCUUCCUGUACUGUGAUGUCUGAUGCAAUGCAUCCUAGAACAAACUGGCCAUUUGCUAGUUUAUUCUAAUGACUAAACAUAGUCUUGGUGUGUGUGGUCUUCCUCAUAUUCUCCUAGUAUUUUUAAGGACAAAUCCUAAGGACUUGGACACUUGCAAUAAAGAAAUUAUCUUUUAAACCCAAGCUUCCCUGGAGUGAUGACAUACUGGUCAGUAUUUCUGGUCAGUUGAGAGGCAAUGGUUUAAGCUCUAAUGUGUGCAGCUUUGAACUAGGACUAGAAUUCUGGGUGCCUCUCUGAAAAGUAUAACAGUUAUUGGAUAACUGGCUUUUUUCUUCCCAUGUCCUCUUUGGAAUGUAACAAUAAAAAUAAUUUUUGAAACACCUA